AUGUCUCUUCGUUCCAGGCUUUACAGCGCCGCGGAAGUCGAGUUUGUGUUUGAAAACACCUUACCAGGCUCAAAACUGAGAAGUCUUUUCCACGACUUGAUCGCUACUGAAGGUCCUCUAUCAGCGAAACGUCUUGGUCACCCAAUGAUCAACGCAAAAGAAGAACGUGCAACUUGGAGAACUUUGUUGGAGACGGGAGAAGAUGUCGUCAGAGAGUGUGCAGAAGUUGGGUUUUCUACCUAUUGCAACGAUGUCAGUUAUAAACCAUGGGGCUACAGAAACUCCAAAACGUAUAUCAGAUAUGGCCAUUACCUUGAAGUCGAGGAAUGGUUGGAUGACAGAUACCCGUUAUUUGAAAAUAUCAGAUCUCCUUCUCCACGACCCGCUUCGAAGUCGGUUGAACAAAUCCCACCCACCCCCGUAAAGGGUCGUAAACCCACAAGCAGUACAGACGAUGAGAAGACGGAGAGCCAAUUGGAAAUUCUGGGCAGUUGA